CGGAGCCUGGGGAGGUGGUGGGCCGGCGGCGGGGCCGGAGCUGGAGUGAGACGGCGGCGCACACUGCGGGAGCUUUGGUUCUUGCGUAGAACGAUGGUGGGCGCGUCCUGUCACACGCAUACCUAGGGAAGGUGUGAUAAAUGGGCGCCGCCAUCGUGUUGUACGGAGCCGGCCGAGCCCCGCCCCUCGUUCCCCGUGAUGGUAACCGCCUCCACCAUGCUCGCGCCACUCGGUUACGCCUUUCACGGCUCGGCUGCCACGGAUCGAGCGGCUCGUCGGGAGGCGGACGGCCAGCAGCACCGACGAGAUUCCCUCUGAAGGACUCAAAGCGCUUGAUUCAGUGGCUGAAAGCUGUUCAGAGAGACAACUGGACUCCCACCAAGUAUUCCUUUCUUUGCAGUGAGCACUUCACCAAAGACAGUUUCUCCAAGCAGCUGGAAGACCAGCACCGGUUGCUGAAGCCCACUGCUGUCCCUACCAUCUUCCAGCUCGUGGAGAAGAAGCACGACAAGCUGGAUUAUGUCAGGAGCCGAAGGAAAAUAGCCAGGCAGGUGCCGGUGCGGGAUGGGGAGCCCCCGCGGGAAGGAGGCGGUGAGGUAGCGCAGAGAGCCCCGUCUUCUGGAGAGGACUUCAUGGUGAUGCAAGGGACGAAGGAGAUGGAGGAGGCCACUCUGAAAGAGGAAAUGGGAUUGAUGUCCGGGGAAGAAGAGGCCCUCCACAGCCAGCUGGAUGGCCCUCGGAGAAGGACGUUAGGGGAUAAUUUGGGUGCAAAGGCCGGAGCGCAGAAAAAGCCCGAGAGGUCUCCUGUGGAGGACUGUGCCAGGGGCAGCAGGGCGGGCAGCUGCGUGGCGGACAGGAGCGGCGUGUCGGUGGACGACUUCACCCCUCCUGCCUCUGGCGCCUGCAAGUUCAUCGGCUCCCUCCACUCGUACAGCUUUUCCUCCAAGCACGCCAGGGAGAGGCCGGCUCUCCCCAAAGAGCAGCUAGAAAGGAAAAGACCAAAGAGAGACGUGGAACCGAGCUGCAGCAGCCACCUUUUGGGACACGAUAAGGCCGUGGCAGAAGUGUCCCCGACGUCAUCCCUCACCGCCACCCCCCAAAAACCCUCGCAGGGUCCGUCGGCGUCACCGGCGGACCUGACCCCUCGGCCGGCCACCGAGGCCGUGGUGGGACAGAAGGGUGACACGGACGCCAACCCCAUGUCCAUCAACGAGGUGAUCAUGUCGGCCUCGGGGGCCUGCAAGCUCAUCGACUCGCUGCACUCGUACUGCUUCUCCUCCCGGCAGAGCAAGAGCCAGGUGUGCUGCUUGAGGGAGCAGGUGGAGAAGAAGAACGGAGAGCUGAAACUUCUGAGGCAGAGGGUCAGCCGCUCCGACAGCCAAGUCAGGAAGCUGAAGGAGAAGCUGGAUGAGAUGAAGCGGAACAGUUUCCCUUACUUGAACAGCCCGAUAUCCCAGGACUGUGAGACUCCCCAGCUGAACCCYGUGAUGGAACCCCUGUCCUGGAUGYUGGGUACCUGGCUCUCAGACCCGCCAGGGGACGGCACCUUCCCUACAAUGAAGCCCUUCCAGUACCUGGAAGAAGUGCACAUCUCUCACGUGGGSCAGCCCAUGCUCAACUUCUCGUUCAACGCCUUCCACCCRGACACCAGGAAGCCCAUGCACCGGGAAUGUGGAUUCAUCCGCCUCAAACCUGACACUAACAAGGUGGCCUUCAUCAGUGCCCAGAACACAGGUCUGGUGGAGGUGGAGGAAGGGGAGGUGAAUGGACAAGAGCUCUCUAUAGCUUCUCACUCCAUAGCCAGGAUCUCCUUUGCCAAGAAGCCCCACGUAGAGCAGAUUACCAGAAAAUUCCGGCUCAAUUCCGAUGGGAAACUCGAACAAACUGUCUCAAUGGCAACCACUACGCAGCCCAUGACUCAGCACCUCCACAUUACCUACAAGAAGGUGAUGCCCUGACGCCGGGAGYGCCGGCUCUCCUCACCGAGGGCAAGGAGCAGGACACGGUGCCCCAAGAGCAGCAGGGCAGGACAGUCCCAGAGCCGGCUGCCUGUGCUCAUCCCCUGGGCCCUGGAGCUGCCCGUCCUGUUGAGAAUGUUACUCAGAUGUUUCUGUAAUGGUAUAUAAAAAAAAAAAUAAAUAAAAUGCUUUUAUUUUUAUGGCUGUGUCUUUGGCGUGAUUGCGGGGCGGUGUUUGCAGCUCGGCGUUGUCACGUUGUCUGAUAGGAAACUCAUUGUCAAGAAACUAAGUGUUUGAGA